ACAUUUUCAUGCGUAUUAUUUUCCUGAAUGGAAAUUCCUUUAAUUUUCUGAAACAUGAACAGUUUUUAUGACGUUUUUAAAGUGUAUUUUAUAAUUAACGUAAGCUAAAAUGACCAUAUUUCACGACGAGAUUGAAAUCGAGGACUUUGAAUAUGACGAAGACGAGGAAAUGUAUUACUAUCCGUGUCCAUGUGGGGACAGGUUCCAGAUAAGCAAGGAAGAAUUAGCAGCCGGUGAGGAGGUAGCAACAUGCCCCAGCUGUUCACUGGUUGUUAAAGUUAUAUAUGACUUGGAAAAAUUUAAUGCUGAGACAGAAGAAAUAUGCAAGGAUAAUACAGAAAAGGAAGUUUUAAAAGCUUAAACUUUGACCAUACUCUAAUGUACAAUAUCAUGUACAUACACUCAGUAUUAAAAUAAGGAAAAGGAUGCACACGGGAGCCCAGACUGUGAUAAAUAAAGGAACAUAUUUAUAAA